AAAUUGAUAGAAAAUCGAACAAAAUUGUCUGUGAUGAACAUGAACAAUCUCUGCACUUCAAAGAUGUCUUCAUCGUCAUCGGCUUUCUUAAUUAGUCCCAACCAGUUUCAGUUCAAGAGCUGAGAGUGUUUCUGUUCCAACAAAGAGAAUCGGUGUUAUUGAAUGUGUUGCUACUCCUCAACAGGAGCAAACUGCUUACACAACGAAUGUCUCUCGCAAUGCAAAUAUGGCCAAGCUUCAAGCGGGCUACUUGUUUCCAGAGAUUGCCAGAAGAAGGACUGCACACUUGCUGAAGUACCCUAAUGCACAAGUGAUAAGCCUUGGAAUUGGUGACACUACUGAACCCAUUCCAGAGGUUAUAACUUCUGCAAUGGCAAAGAGAUGUCAUGGAUUGUCUACACUAGAAGGUUACAGUGGGUAUGGAGCUGAACAAGGUGAAAAACCAUUGAGAUCUGCGAUUGCUUCAGCAUUUUGCAGUAACCUUGGUAUAGAGGAAGAUGAUAUAUUUGUCUCUGAUGGUGCUAAAUGUGAUAUCUCCCGCCUUCAGCUUCUCUUCGGAUCUGAUGUUACGAUGGCAGUGCAAGAUCCAUCUUACCCGGCUUAUGUAGACUCCAGUGUUAUUAUGGGUCAGACUGGACAUUUUCAGAAGGAUGUCGAGAAGUAUGGAAAAAUUGAGUAUAUGAUGUGUUCUCCAGAGAAUGGAUUCUUCCCUUAUUUAUCCACUGUUGCUAGAACAGAUAUUAUAUUUUUCUGUUCUCCAAACAAUCCUACUGGUGCAGUUGCCACCAGGGAGCAACUGACUCAAUUAGUUAAGUUUGCUAAGGACAAUGGAUCUAUUAUUGUGUUCGAUUCUGCAUAUGCUAUGUACAUGUCAGAUGAUAACCCACACACUAUCUUUGAAAUUCCUGGAGCAAAAGAGGUUGCAAUUGAAACAUCUUCUUUCAGCAAGUAUGCUGGGUUCACUGGAGUUCGGCUUGUUUGGACUGUUGUUCCUAAACAGCUCUUGUUUUCAGAUGGAUUCCUGUAGCAAAGGACUUCAACCGUAUUGUUUGUACUUGCUUCAAUGGUGCAUCUAGUGUUCCCCAAGCUGGUGGUUUGGCUUGUCUUUCGCCUGAUGGUCUAGAGGUGCUUGAUGGUCUAGAGGUCGGCAUACUUCCAUUAG